AUGAACACCCACAUUCGAGAAAUAACGUGCAAAUCGAUCGAGCUCGACGGCUUCGGCUCUCCCGCCGCCGACGCUUGGUUCGACCGACACACUGCACCCAUGGACGGCGAGGAAGAGACAGGGGCGCAUACCUAUCAAGCUGCGGCUCUCAAAGCAUACCUAAAAGGCGACUCCAAGCCAUCCGAGACAGCUGUCGCCAUAACGAAGCCCCAUGCCUUUGAAAAGAAGGCCGACCUGCGAAGCCGCGCACUAGGCAUAAUCGAAGACGCGCUUUUUGAGCUGCUCGAAAGCCACACACUCGCCCUCGUCGACCUUCUAAACUUCGGCAACUCGUGGUCAGAUGGAUGGAAGCAGAGUCACUGGCGCAAAGCGCUGGCAACGCGUGAUCCAGCCACAAGAGCGAAAAGGUACGAGACCCACGUACACCUGGCCUUUGUGGAGGCAACUUGUGAAAUGGCUGCUCCGGGACCAAAUGCUGAAGAUGGCCUCUUGCCAUUGAGCUGGGGCUAUGAGUGGAUCUUGGAGGCUCUGGAAUUCCAGGAUGCAGUGUGGGACUUUGAGGUACCUGCUGCAGCGGUGUGGAUCAAGGUGGCCGGGGAAAGAUUCAGAGAAGGCGCGAAGAAAGGUGAAAAGUCCUGGGAAUUAGAGAGAGAAGGAAGGCUUUGGACGGAGGGACCGAUGAGCAUGGAUCGGUGGAAUUUCUGGUUGAAAAGAUUCGAAGAGAUUGAGAAGAUUGGCGAGGUCAUAUCGACAACGGCGAGUGAAGGUGUGCAGGAUGCUCGAGCGCAGGGUUUUGAAUGCCAGUCCUUCUCCCAGACAGUAGGCAAAGCCUAUGGCCUAUCGUGGACUCAAAACUAG